AUGGCGCCCAAGAUUCCGACUCGACUGCUCAUCAUGUCUGAUAUGCACGGCGCUGACUUCAAUUCUGAGAACAGACCUGACCAGCGUGCCGAUGUCACUGUCCAUUGCUGUGACCUCGCCGACGGCUCGAAGCUCGAAGAAUUCCGCUCGGCCCUCGAACUGCUUGAAAGGAUCGAUGCGCCCCUCAAGUUGGCCAUUGCAGGUAACCACGACUUUACCAUGGACAAGGCUGCCUUCGAGACCAAGGUUGCUGAAGCAGUUCCCCCUCUAGACCCCGGACUCGUUGCUCGAGAAUACGGCACUGUGGGGCAGGCAAGGGAACUAUUUGACCAUGCACAAGAUGCAGGUAUAGUGUUCUUGGACGAGAGAACCCAUCGCUUUGACCUCGAGAAUGGAGCCAUGCUAACAGUCUAUGCAAGUCCAUAUACGCCCUCCUUGGGCGCAUGGGGCUUCCAAUACCACCCGAACCAGGACCGUCAUUUCGACAUCCGCGACGGCACCGAUCUCGUCAUCACUCACGGGCCUCCGAGAGGCAUCAUGGACUUUACCUAUGGUCGCGAGCGAGCCGGCUGCCCCGACCUUUUCACCGCCGUCGCUUGUGCCCGACCCCUCAUCCACUGCUUCGGCCAUAUCCAUGAGGGAUGGGGCGCGAGGCUGGUAACUUGGAAAGACAGCGGCCGAGAUAAGCAAUCCCAUUUUACCGCCAUCGACAACGACAACUCGCUCGUCAUCGAAGGUUAG